AGCGUGCAAGGAGCCGUAUUUUUUUUUUUUCCCGCCACGUGGGCUGCGCCAAAACAACCCUGCAGCAGCACUGAGAAAUUUCCAGAGAACUUGUGUUGAAAGUGUGCGGAAGAUUCCCGCUUUAUGCUUUACCUGUGGGGAUUUUUGUGAGCAACCGCUUAUACAAGCUAGAUUUUUCUGUUUUCUUAUUGCCACAGAUGCCUUCAUUUUAUUUUUGGGGGUCAAAAGUUAAUUGACAGUUCAGGAAGACAGGUCAUAGGCAGGACUUAACAGUGAGAAUGCUGAUUGAACUGAACUAAAAGAGAGCCCCCCCUUCAGAAAGAGCUGCGAAGAGUCGCUGUCCGCGCACUGAUCCAAAGCAACAGACGCUGUAGAUGUGAUAGUGGAUCAGAAGGAGGGAUGAGGGGGGAAAAAAGGAAAGGAGGGUGGGAGCGUGAGCAUGUGCAGGAAGAAAAAGACCUUACCCAAACCUUGAAUGUGUUGGAGACUCGACCAUCUUAUGAUGGCUCCUCUCUCGUUUGCUGUCUCCGCGCCGUCCUGCCAACUUGAGUGAACUCAUGGAACACGCUCUGGAUUUUUUUCUCCAAGAGAACGCUUCCACGCUUCCCCGCCGCAGUCUUUGCAUGGACCCAACAGAAGGAAUGUUAUGGAGCCCUCCACCGACUCAUUCAAAGGCGUCCCCGUUGGGUUUUGGGUGUGACGUGACGCGUCUCUGUUGACUGGGUGAACUGAAGGCGAAGGAAAAUGCAGAUACCGUCAUUAAUCUGGAUGCUGCAGCUCGUGAGCGUUUCCAGAGGCCCGGACGGCGCCGGCGUUCAGAGGUUUAAACGUAGUGAUCCGGUGGGCAACAGCUGUCAGCCGGGAUGUGCAACGUGCUCGUCAACGAACGGCUGCCUGUCCUGUAAGCCCCGCUUGUUCUUCCACCUGGAGCUGGACGGGAUCCAGCAGAGGGGGACGUGUCUGUCCUCCUGUCCCCGAGGUCACUACGGCAUGCGCUCUCCCCACAUCAGCACUUGCAUCAAGUGCAAGGCGGACUGCGCUUCCUGCUUCAGCGACAACUUCUGCACACGCUGCCAUGCCGGCCACUUUCUGUUCCGGGGCAAAUGUGAAAGCAGCUGUCCGUCCGGGCUGACAGCAAACCCGGUGCUGCGAGAGUGCACAGAGUGCCCUGAGGGGUGUGAGCUGUGCGUGGGGAGGAACAACUGCACGAGGUGCAGAGCAGACAUGUACCACCUCCAUGGCCAGUGCAACCACACCUGUCCCCAAGGCCUUGAGCCCGAUGCCCAGCUCAUGCAGUGCGUCCCCCAAAUUCAUUGCGAAGUUGGAGAAUGGACGAGUUGGGGUCAGUGUGUUCGGAGGCAAAACGCGACGGUCCACAGGAGGGGAGAGGAAACACGCACACGACUAAUUCUGCACUCCCCGAGCACCUCCGGCGACCCCUGCCCUCACCUCGCAGAGAUCAGGAAAUGUACGGCGAAAAAGAAGCAGAGAAGCAGGUCGGAAUGAACUGAGGAAAAUCACCUGUAAAUUAUUAAAAACUUUCAAUCUUAUCCUGCUCAUCUACACGUUCAGGACGUUUCUCAAGCAUUCCAGUGAAAAUGAAAAAAAUAAUGAUUUGUCCAUUUAACAUAUUUUUUGUUUUGUUUUUUGUUUUGCAGUUUCAUGGCAGAAAUCUAAUAAAAUCUCACAUUUAGCUGCCGGUGUUUCAAAAUACAACUUUCCUGCAAUGUUUUACUCUAACAGUUCAAAGUAACCACAUCUUUUUUUCCCCCUCCUUUCAAGCGAAUGAUUUGAACAAAUAAUGUAGCUUAAUUUAAACAACUGCGCGAGGAAUAAAUCUGAUGGUUGCAUGCCGACGUUGCUGAACUAUGUUUACAAUCUGUAAUUCGUAAUCCUAGUUUUUCAUUAUGUCAGAUGUGUUCCUAUAUACAGGUUAUAACAUUUCUGUCUGUUGGAAAAGAGAAGCUCUUCUUUACAUUGUUUUUCACCUGGGGGUUGUUUGAUCCUGAGUGGCUAGGUUGUGCCAUUGUACAUACAGUAAAACCCAUGGGGGCAAUCUUGUUAUUUGUGACGUUAUUAAAAAUUGCAAAGCCAUGAA